AAUAAAUCUAUAACUUUUGUGUUUGUUUCUUUUUUAAACUAAUUGAACAAGUAGAUAUGUUUGCACGUUCAAAAAUUAAUUAUCAGAAGCAACAUACCGGUAAAAGUCGGAUGGACGAUCGAGGAAGUUCCACAUCGGAGACGAACCGUUUGGCCGUGGAUAUAAAUCAAUUUCAAAAGCAGCAGUUGCAGAAAACGUCAAUAAAAAACGAUGGACUCGCUGCACCUGAGAUCAAAAAGAUGUCUUUAAUGAACAUGCUAGCAAGCGCCGAGAGACUUUCGAAAAAUUUGGAACGCAAAAUGACAAGGCCUAUAAUAAAGAAGGAAAGCAGAAUGAAUGUCAAUGAGAAACAAAUAAAAAAAGUGCCGACGAUGAUGCAUGCUGCAACAGUGCCACGUCGUAGUGUGUUUGAGGUGACUAAAACGAGGUUAUUAGUUCCCUUGACUCCAGAACCUACACGGCUGGAGCAACAAUGUAUCCGUGAAGAGAACAUUACCAGCUAUAUGCCAUCCAAUAAGACAGACGUUGCUGUGCAAACAGUGCCACAAAACAAUACAAGUAAGCUUAGAAUGUGUUUGAAUAAUGAAUCAAAUCCAUUCUGCUUUUUAUUUUUAGAAAAAACACUGAAUCUUGAAGUCCCAUUAAAACACAUUGUCAAGAAAUUGGACAAGUUUCUAAGAAAAAACAUGAAAACUACAAAUAUGUUCAUAGAAAAUAAGGAUAAUUCGUCAACCUGGAGGAUCGUAGUCGCUGGGACCAACAAUCAUUGGAAAUACUUCAAGUACUUCUCUUGGUUUACAAUCGGAGUCAUCAUCAGAUAUGUAGUGAACUACGGUCAGCACUAUUUCCAAUGGACAGAAAAUUCACCACUUUUAUUAUUAUAA